UCCGGGGCACAGCUGCGGCCGAGGGACCCCGCGCCGCAGAGCUCGGGGCAGCCAACAGGAAGUGGGAGCGUGAGAAAGAAGCGAUUUGUGUCCAGCCCCCGUUAUGUGGAAACCAUGCUGGUGGCUGACCAGUCCAUGGCAGAGUUCCACGGCAGUGGCCUCAAGAACUACCUGCUCACCUUGUUCUCGGUGGCCGCCAGGUUGUACAAGCACCCCAGCAUUCGCAAUUCCGUUAGCCUGGUGGUCGUGAAGAUCCUGGUCAUCUAUGAGGAACAAAAGGGACCAGAAGUGACUUCCAACGCGGCCCUCACUCUGCGUAACUUCUGCAACUGGCAGAAACAGCACAACCCGCCCAGUGACCGAGAUGCCGAACACUAUGACACGGCGAUUCUUUUCACCAGGCAGGACCUGUGUGGCACCCAGACAUGUGACACCCUCGGGAUGGCUGAUGUCGGAACUGUCUGUGAUCCCAGCAGAAGCUGCUCUGUCAUAGAAGAUGAUGGCUUACAAGCUGCCUUCACCACAGCCCAUGAAUUAGGCCACGUGUUUAACAUGCCACACGAUGAUGCGAAGCAAUGUGCCAGCAUUAAUGUCAACCGGGAUUCCCACUUGAUGGCGUCCAUGCUUUCCAACUUGGACCGCAGCCAGCCCUGGUCUCCCUGCAGCGCCUACAUGAUUACCUCAUUUCUGGAUAACGGUCAUGGGGAAUGUUUGCUGGACAAGCCCCAGAGCCCCAUGCAGCUCCCCUCUGACCUUCCUGGGACCUUGUAUGAUGCCAACCGGCAGUGCCAAUUUACGUUUGGGGAAGACUCCAAACACUGCCCUGAUGCAGCCAGCACGUGCACCACCCUCUGGUGCACAGGCACCUCCGGGGGGCUGCUGGUGUGCCAAACCAAACACUUCCCUUGGGCGGACGGCACCAGCUGUGGCGAAGGGAAAUGGUGUGUCAACGGCAAGUGUGUGAACAAGACCGACAAGAAGCAUUUUGAUACUCCUGUUCAUGGAAGCUGGGGGCCAUGGGGACCCUGGGGAGAUUGCUCGAGAACCUGUGGUGGAGGCGUUCAGUACACAAUGAGGGAAUGUGACAACCCAGUCCCCAAGAACGGAGGGAAGUACUGUGAAGGCAAGCGUGUGCGCUACAGAUCAUGUAACAUUGAGGACUGUCCAGACAACAACGGCAAAACCUUUAGAGAGGAGCAGUGCGAGGCACACAACGAGUUCUCCAAAGCUUCCUUUGGGAGUGGGCCCGCAGUGGAGUGGACACCCAAGUACGCUGGGGUCUCCCCAAAGGACAGGUGCAAGCUCAUCUGUCAAGCCAAAGGCAUUGGCUACUUCUUCGUUCUGCAGCCCAAGGUGGUAGAUGGUACUCCAUGCAGCCCCGACUCCACCUCUGUGUGCGUGCAAGGACAGUGUGUAAAAGCUGGUUGUGAUCGCAUCAUAGACUCCAAAAAGAAAUUUGACAAAUGUGGCAUUUGUGGAGGAAAUGGAUCCACAUGCAAGAAAAUAUCAGGAUCGGCUACCAGUUCAAAUCCUGGCUAUCAUGACAUCGUCACCAUCCCGGCGGGAGCCACAAACAUUGAAGUAAAACAACGGAACCAGAGGGGAUCCAGAAACACUGGCAGCUUCCUCGCCAUCAAAGCCGCCGAUGGCACAUACAUCCUGAACGGCGACUUCACCCUGUCCACCUUAGAGCAGGACAUCACGUACAAGGGCACGGCCUUGAGGUACAGCGGCUCCUCUGCGGCGCUGGAAAGAAUCCGCAGCUUCAGCCCCCUCAAGGAGCCCUUGACCAUCCAGGUCCUCACAGUGGGCAAUGCCCUCCGGCCGAAAAUUAAAUACACCUAUUUCGUGAAGAAGAAGAAGGAGCCUUUCAAUGCCAUCCCUACCUUCUCAGAGUGGGUCAUCGAAGAGUGGGGCGAAUGCUCCAAGUCCUGUGGGCAGGGGGUGCAGAGGAGACGGGUGGAGUGCCGAGACCUCAACGGGCAGCCUGCCUCGGAGUGUGCCAAGGAAGUGAAGCCAGCCAGCACCCGCCCCUGCGCGGACCUUCCCUGCCCCCACUGGCAGCUGGGGGACUGGUCCCCCUGUUCCAAGACUUGUGGGAAGGGCUACAAAAAGAGGACCUUGCAGUGUCUGGCCCACGAUGGGGGGGUGCUGGCCCACGAGAGCUGCGAUCCUUUAAAGAAGCCUAAACAUUACAUAGACUUUUGCACCAUGGCAGAGUGCAGUUAAGCGGGCUGAGUGUGGAGGGGAAGAUGAGGUGAGGAAGGGCUGAGGCACUGAAAUCAAGAAGGCUGGAGGGAUCCAGUAGACCUUGCUGGUGAUGUUACAAUCCCUGUUCCCUGGUACUGAUUCAAUAUGUGGUGUCCUGGGGGUUGGGGAAGGCAAAGCAAGAGAACAAUGAGAUUCUUAGCUUAAGGUGUGGCUUACUUUAUGUCACUCGCAAUGGAGGGAGAAAGGAGUCCAAAGAGGAGCUUUGACCAGCACUGUUUAUGAUUGCGAUGGUUUCAGAGAAUAUUUAUGUCAUCUUUUCUACCGAGAGUUAAGAAUUGAAGAAUGUCCACCAUGGAGAAAACAGUUGAGCAUGUCCAGUGACUCCAUCAUUACCUUUUUGCGCCAUUCUCCCGUCUUUGUACAUUUAUUUUGACCAAGAAACAAGUCCUGUGUUUGUAAAAAUGCACUGAGUCUCUAAGGGGAAAACAGCAGCGAUGUAUCGGGUGCUGGUAAAUCCAGAGGAGGCACCCCCAGCUCGGUAUCUCCCACCUUCUUUCCCUCCUUGUGUAAGCCUACCUUAGGAAUGUGCAUGUGAAAAACCAGUCUGAGUCUCAAGAAAGUCAGCGAGAUCAAGCAAACAAGGAAGUAAUGCCAGAACAAGAAAGGGGUGAGCACAACAGGGUCCCCAGUGUUUGGGGACAGUGAGGUCCUUUGUCUCAUGAUGGGGAGGCUACUGAGGGGUAGCAGGUCCAUCCCCAGCAGCUGGUCCAGCAGUCAUAUCCUGGUGAAUGUCUGUUCAGCUCUUCUACUAUGAAAGAGGAUGACUUUUUCCAUGUGUAUAUAGUAAAAUAUGUUACUAUAAAUUCUAUGUACUUUAUAAGUAUUGGUUUGUGUGUUCCUUCUGAGAAGGACUAUAGUAUGUAAUAAAUGCCUAUAAUAACAUAUUUAUUUUUAUACAUUUCUUUUUAAUGAUAAAACUCUUAAGUUAUACCGUGAUUGUAAAAGGGCAUAUAAAAAAUAGAGUAUUUAUACAAUAUAUGUUACUAGAAAUAAUAAAAGAACACUUUUCGAAUAUGUGUGUAUUUUUUUUUUUAAGUGGGAAUUUAUUUCUAGGAAGGAAAUCCGAGACUUAAAUACUGAAUUUGAAGAACAGAUAUUUUCUUAAAUUCUUUGGAAAUAAGAUUUCAUUCUAAUGAAAUGUAUUUUAUAUAUCCUGGAUUGUGUGAUUGUUGCAAAGAAAGGAAGCUAUGGUAUCUUUGGUGGUAGAUAGAUUUGUUACUCAUGUAUAAUAUAUACAAAUGAUUGGCAGACUUUUUCUGUAAAAGAGCCAGAUCAUAAAUACUUUUGGCUUUGUGGCCCAUACCAUCUCUGUCCCAACUACUUCAAUGUGCUGUUGUAGCAUGAAGACAGCCAUGGGCAAUACAUAAAUGAAUGGGUAUGGCAGUGUUCUAAUAAAAUUUUAUUUACAAAAA